ACCUCCUGGGCCCUCUGGUUCCACACGAAACCCGCCCAAGUCGCCGUGAACCUCAAAUAUACCACUUUCGCGCUAAGAACCUAGUGGGUAAAGCACAUGGACAAUGUCGCCUCAGCGCUGGAAGAGCGGCCGGUCACCAGCAUUGUGAAGGAUGUGCGAUGCAUGGACGUACCACUGGAUCACAUGGGUGGCUGUCGCACGUGCAGACCACAAGCUUGGGCACAGCUGAUGGUUCUCAGUAAGCAUCUCGAAGGGAAGAUUCAGACGAGAUGAGAGGAUUUAGCCGUUUUACUGGACUUCCCUGAAUUUCGGCGGCAUGAAUGCUUUGCUCAGAUCCCUAUCGAGCUGUAUUCAGAGUGAACGCCACGCGUUGGCAUUCGUCACUUUGCGCGACAUACGUGUGUUUCUAUCUGCACGGCACGUCUCUCGAUCGCAUCGAACUCCU